UUAUGUUAUAUCACACUACUGGGUGCCUGAACCCAAGUCAGCAGUCGGCAUAAAAAGGGCAAGGAUUCACAUACAAUCCUGUAGCUGCUUCUGCAUAAAAUAGAUGGUACUACAGCAACUAAAUUAUGUUUACUGACAAGUUCCAAGGUAAGUAAAUAUGCAGGCAUCAAUCGCAGGAAUUUAGGAUGCCAUGAGAAACUCAAGUGCGGGGUCAUCAUGUUAUCAAACAUUUACCACCCGUGUUGCCAGUUUCGUCCCUUUCUAACCUGGCCCUACCAGCUUAACUUUGAUGUAAAGACUUAUACAGUAUGCAUUUUCCAUCCUCUAGUUUUAGCUAGAUACAUUAUUAUGUACCAAUAAUUUAAUGGUUUGUUUGAAAAUCUAGAUUUCAUUUGAAACUUUGGAUUUGAUUAAAUAACCUGUUUGAGAAUUUGGAUUUGGAUUUCAUUUGAAAUCUAGACAUUUAAAUAUUAGUAUAAAUUUGAGAAUUUGAAAUGACAACUCAAAUUUUAUCAUUUGAAAUUCAGUAUUUGAAAUGAAAUGUUUGUUUCCAAACGGCAAUCAUUUUACAUUCCUUAAUUUCAAAAGUCGGACUUUUUAGACAUUUUCUUGGUGAUGUUUUGAUCAUUACCGUGAGUAUAUUAGAUAUAAUAGGCAUCUCAUCUUCUCUUUCUCAUUUUUAUCAUUAUCAAAGCAGGAGGUCAGAAUUUUUCUCGAUCAAAUCCAAAGUGAGAGAAGACUCCCUUGCCUCCCUCUGAUCGUGCUCCCCAUUCAAUGAAAAAGUUUCAUAUAAUUUUUAGUUAAAGAAAUUAUUGAUGGUGAAAUGUAUUUAUCCUGAAUCAAAAAGGUGGUGAUUGCAUAUAAAUCUUAACGUAAAUCUGUAUAGUAUUCAGUAUAAUCCACUACUCCAUUAUUUGAUGGCAUCACCCAACUGAAAUGGACAAAUUUGUGAUUGACCUGGGCGUGGCUUUGGCAGAGCUUUUUCUUCUUUACGCAGGUAAAGAAGGCUGAAAUUUAUGUUGACUUUUUGUAUUCUUCCUGUUAGGGGAAUCGUAUCUUUAUGGCUAAACUAUUCUCUGCGGUGCAUAGGAGUAUGAUGAACAGAAUAGAUAUGUAAGGUAAAUUUAGUAUAGGGGGGCUCCCACUUCUGAAAAGUGGAUUACAUGUAAAAUCCUUUAGGUUUGUAGUGUUUUGUGCAAAAACCAAAGGUGGUGGUGGAGCCUUUGUGUGUUGCAGAAAUUUUGCCUCUUCACAUCACCUGUGUAUUUGUCUUGCUGCUUCUUCUUUAUCAACUUGUCCAGGGCCUUUCCCUUUAUUCAAACCCAUAUCUACACUAAAAAAGUAAUCAAAAUAGUGAAGAAUUAUAAAUUUAAUUGACAAGCUUUUUUCCCUACACUAUAAAGCACAAAGAAGAGAAACAAGAACACUAUCCUCUUCUUGUGAUAGUCUUUAAAGAUAGUUGUGAUUAUUGGUUUUAGCCCAGACUAUCUCGUAAUCCUGGUACUGAUUGUGGAAAAGGGCGAAGGUAUGAAGGGUGUUGGUUCAAAAGCAAUAUCAAGUCCAAGCAGAGGAGAGAAUUAUCCAGCUCCACUAAUAAUGAGGUUUCUGAAGAGCAAUGCGGGAAGCAGAAGCAGAGGAGGAGGAGCGAGGCCGCGGUCAAGUCCAAUGUUUGUUGUCCGAAAGAAGAAUGUAGCAGCCACAAUCGAAACUCAAGAACCAUCUUCUCCUAAAGUCACCUGUAUCGGUCAAGUUCGUGUUAGGCAUUCAAAGAAGUUCAAUUCUACAAAACGCGGCCAGUUAAAACAAUCUCAGGGGACGUGUACUUGCUUCUCUGUCGCAAAAUGCAGCUUUAGAAAUUCAGCAAUAAAUUUGAAAAAAUGGGCUUCAUUUUUCAGGUUCGGCUUCCGCAAAAACGUCGAUAGUAGAGAUAAUUCAGCAAAAUCAGAAUUAGAUCACAGGGGUCAUAUUAAUGAUGCCGAGACAGAGAUGACUGGCAAUGAAGGCAACGAGGCUCAACUCGAAGAAAAAGAAGACACUGAGGAGGUUUCAAGAGGUGCAAAACCUCCCCCAAGGAAUGCAUUGUUGUUAACGCGUUCCAGGUCUGCUCCUUUCAGGUCUUCGUCUCUGGCUGUCCAAUUAUGGGGAGAAACCAACAAUGACAUAGCAGACGUAGUGAGGAUGAGAAGAUGUUUCCGCGAAUUUGAUCAUCGAGAGAAAGAGAGUGAAAAACAGAUGAGCAGGAAAUUAGGAAUUGAUGAAGAAGGAAGUGAAGAAAUUUGUGCAAUGGGGAAGCUGGCUGAAGGAGAUUCGAGUAUUGGAAAGAGCAUGGAAAGAUUAGGCAUGCCUCAUCCGCUUCUUCUUACAAGGUGUAGAUCAGAAUCAGCAUUGAAAACCAGGAAAGGGCAAGCCUAACAGGGCCUGGUUGAGUGUCAACUUUUUGUUUACCUCCUGCUUUAAAUUGUAAUUAGGCAGUACAUUAGUUGUAUACCAGAAUUAUACUUCAACGUUGGCAAGUCUGUAGGUUGGGAGGGUUCGGAUUAUAUUUAUAGGUGAGAAUUGGAAUGGAAAUGGAGAGUACUAAUGAUUUAACAUUCCAACGAAAAUAAAAUAAAAUCUUAACUUUAUUGUAUUAUGAAUAGACAUUACUGAACAAUAGCCAGCAGAGAUGAGAAUGCCUUUUCAUUUAAUAU